GAUUUAAGCUCUCGGCGCGGCGACCGUGCCCGGGGAUUCUCCCGUUCACCUCCUUCACGAGCCUGAUUACGCAAACUUUCACACCGAUGCGAUGCUCAUAUCAGUAUGUAAAUACGGCGCACCGGCUAUCACCGUUGAAGCCGUACGGCUGAGAUCAUUAUCGCGGAUCUCGUUCCUUCCUUUCAGUCUCGUAGCGCGCCCAUUCCCAUUCUAUACGCGUGGAAUUCGCUUGGUAACGCGCGCGCACGCUGCAUAUCCUCGUAUACUUAAUUUUACAUGAAUCGAAAUUACCGCGCACGUUUGGCUCUGGCCUUUGGCCCAGGAAUGUUCAUUGUCUCGUAACACGGCGAAAUGACAGUUGCUCUUGCGCGGUGCGCCAUUCGCCAGCAUUUAUCAUUUAAAUCAGCUCGCGCGUUUCCCGUAUUGAAACGGAAAACGGCGAAUGAAGAAGUUGCACGCGAAUUGAAACGUGGACGUGCAGUUUAUCUGUGACGACUCGAGAUCAAUUGUCGCCCAUCGAUCAAUUUCGUACGGGUGCAAGUGAAAUGAAAAAAAAAAAAAAGAAAAAAGAAAAGAAAGAAAGGCGAAGCGGUGUAAAAGCGUAGGAAGGCCAAUCAGUUGAAAAUAGUGUGUUCCGGGCAGCUCGUUAAACGAACAAUAACGAGGCGAGUUUUUUUACAGUUGGAAAAAAUUAUACUCGGGACAAAGCGUUGUCGCUAAUUAAAUUGCUUUUAUUUCGUUGAUUCAAUGGAAUUCCUUUUUUGAAUUGACCGCGAGCUACGAAUAUCGAGGCAGAAGGAAAAAAUAUGCAUGAAACGUGCGGGGGGAGGAGGGGGGGACGAGAGACAGCAGGAGUAUGGAACAGAAAUUGCGACCUGCUUAAAAAGCAGGAAAUGACAGUGAAAAUGUUUUACGAAUUGUCGGCAACAGCGUUGAAGAGAUGUCAGUUUCAUUGUUAAAGUUAUUACACGAUAGCGACGAUAAUAAUAAUCGGACGUGGGCAGAGUCCAACAUGUGCGAGCUGCAGAAAGGCACCAGCCCAGGAAUAAUGAUGCGCCAUGCUCAAAAGUUCGUGGAGUUGGCGAAUGAACAGCUUGCGGAACAUUUGAACAAUAAAUAUAAUGAAUGUUUGAAACAACGAUAUCACGAAGUUGCCAUCAUGAGGACACUCAUAAUCCUGCUGAGCAUUUUCUUGGAAAUACAACUUUAUUUCACUGGGAGCCAGGCGGAGCAUCGACAAUCGUUGAGCAUCAGCAACGAAGUGGCGUCGUCAAAGAGCUCCGAGGAUAAAAGCGAAGAUGUCAUCGAGGGUCCCAUCAGGGAAGUUCUCGCACAAAGCGGAAGCACCGCGAAUUUGCCCUGCAAAAUUACCGAACCUGGCGCUGGAACCGUAAAUGUCAUUACAUGGAUGAAGCGUAAAAACAGACGGUUGUUAACUGUUGGCACAAGUACCCACUCAGUCGACAAACGAUUUGUCGUGAUGCAUUCGAGUACUGAUUGGUUACUUCAGAUACGAGCAGUCACUCUUCAAGACGAGGGUAUAUACGAGUGUCAGGUUACGUCGCAUCCGGUGCAACGGAAUUUCGUGCUCUUGAAGAUCACAGAAGCGUACUCGAUCAUACCGGGAGCGCCUGAUUUACAUGUGAAGCAAGGCUCGAGCCUUCGGCUGGAGUGUCAACUAAAGGCAGCCGCGGAGUCGCCCCUUUACGUCUUCUGGUAUCGCCAGGGGCACAUGAUCAAUUACGACGAGGAGCCAGGCGUGAAAGUCGAGCUGACCAAGAACGGGUCGAUUUUAAUGGUCAACAAAACGAAGCCGUCGCACGGCGGUAAUUACACGUGCUCGCCGAGCAACGCUAAACCGGCUUACGUAAUGGUUCACGUGAUCGAAGAGGAAGAGAAACCGGCGGCAAUGCACGGUGGGGACAGAAGGAACCUUAGCCCAGCAAUUUUAGCGAGCAACUUUCUGGUGUCCCUCAUGACGGCCGUCAGCUGGAGGAUACCGAGUUUCACCAGCCUUUACCCGACAUGAAUCACCGUCGAAUUUACGGUACGGGGGACGACUGGUGUUAGCCGUACCCGUACCACCGCAACCCGGUCCAUCUUCUUCCGCAAGGAUGAGUCCGACGAUCGGUCGGUCGUUUUGGGAUUCGUCUUUUCAACUGUAACUCCGAUCGAUCCCACGAGGACGACAUCCUUGCACCGGCGUCAAGCACCAGCGAGUGUAUUGGUUCGCGUAUGAACACAUGGAGCCGCCACCCACUUUUCGGACCGAUCCUUUUACGUGUAGCGCGAUUCCUUUCAUCCAUUGUCCGCCGCGGAAGAGUAACCAGAGACUCACGGUCCCCUUUUCGAAGGGAGCCGGGUUUGUUCAUAAGGGAAGAACUCUGGCCACCGACAAAUCCUUUUGUUUCACUCCUUUCUGUCUUCUAACCCUUGUCUUUUGUCCCCUUGUCCCCUUGUCUCGUUCGUCCACGUUCCCUUGCUGUGUGUCUCGCGAUUUCUUUUUGCUUCGGAGAGGAGAGAAAGAAGAA